AUGUCCGUUGCAGAACGAGCACAGAAGCUACGCUCUCUCGUCCAGAUGCUCGCCGACUCGGCAGAGGUCGUCAUCAAGGAGUGGGAGCUCGAGGAACAGACUUCAAACAUAGGAUCUACUCCUGAGGUCCCCCUACCCUCACCAGUCCUUUUCGAGGCCCGUCGCAUCUUCGAAGGCGCGUGCGGUAUGGGAGUGGACCUGAUACAAGACCCGUACUUACGCCUGUCGGUGAUAUCUGGGUCUUUCUUCGACUCCAGAGCGCUCCGAAUUGCUGCGGAGGUGCGCGUCGCAGAUGUCCUGGACCAGGCAGACCCGAAGGAGGGUAUGUCUAUAGGCGACAUCAGUAGCCAAGUUGGAAUCGCGGCACAGCAUCUGACCCGCAUUCUUCGGUGCCUGUGCGCUAUACACAUCUUCGAGGAGGUCAAGGAGAACUUUUAUGCCAACAAUGCGACGAGCCGUGUCCUAGUCCGCAACGAAGGACUGAGAUGCUGGUUGAUGAUUUUCAACAACGAGGUCUUUACAGCAGCGGACAAAUUACCCGCGGUGCUGUUGGCCGGAAAGGAGAACAGCCCAUGGCAAGAAGCCUAUGGAGUCUCGACAGAUUUCUGGCAGUGGCUAGAUGAGCAGGUCCCGGGCCCGGAUGGAACGCUUGUUCCGAGGCCCGAGCGCGCCAUCUGGACGGAAGGCAUGUGGGGGUUUGGUCUCGAGAAGGUCCAAGCUGCCGGCGUGCUCUUCGACUACCCGUGGGCAUCCUUGGGAUCCAGCACGAUCGUCGAUGUGGGUGCAGGAACGCGGGGAGUUAGCCUAGGGUUGGCUGAGAAGUUCCCUGACCUCCGCUUCAUCCUGCAAGAUCGACCAUUCAUCAUUCGAGAAGCGGAGGAAGUAUGGGCCAGCGAAUUACCGGAAGCCUUAAGCACGGGUAGGGUGCGCUUCAUGACGCAGGACUUCUUCGAGGGACAACCCGUUCAAGGAGCAGACGUAUACAUCAUGCGACACAUUCUCCAUGACUGGUCAGAUGACGAGUGUGUCAAAAUCCUCACUCACCUGCGCAAAGCGAUGGGCCCCAACUCAAUCAUACUGAACAUCGACAAUGUCAUGCAAUCCACCGCAGGGUCGAGCUUCCUGAAGGCGGCACCGCCUCCGCUGCCUCCGAACUACGGAUGCGCCCAUUCGCAGUCCAACCACCACGAUUUGUACAUGUACAGCAUGUUCAACGGAGCCGAGCGCACUGUGGAACAGUUCGAUGCGCUGGCAGCCCGCGCGGGGCUCAAGGUGACCAAAGUCUGGGAGUGCCGGAGCCUGUCUUCCAUCACGGAGAUGAGACUUGCCGACUAA